AUGUCCCACGAUGAAUCCCAUAUCCAAUCUGGCCGCAGCCCUACCAACGACACUCUCGAUCCCACGCAGCGACCACCCACAGCGCGGCGCGUUUCCGCCGAAGAUUUCAGCGCCAUCCAGCUCCCAGCCCUAGUCGACGACCUGCCCGCCGCGAAGGCCGGCCUCUCGCCCCUCCGGGCACGACACGACAACUCCGCGCUCUCGCUGGCUCCGCCCAUGGACCUGAAGCACGAGGAUACGUCGUCCUCGGUCGCUUCCGUCGACCGAGAGCAGGAGGAUGGCGGCGCCAUGGUGGGAAAGAAGAGUUUUGACCAUCUCGACGAGAGCUACCUCGCCGCCGAGCCCAUCGAGCCUAGUAGGCUCCCCGACGACUCUUUGACCGAGGAAGCAGUGCGCGAACACCUGAGGGACGUCGAAUCCAGUUUUUUACCGGCCCUGUCGCCCGUGCCUGCCGGCAAGAGGAGUAUAGCCGGGGGUAUCGAUGAUACAUUUGCCUUUGAUUCGCCUGUGAAGACCGAUAUGCCCCCCCGCGGCGCGACUCCUGAGACCCAUCCGACCGACGCGAGCAACACGACAUCGAAUCUCGAGGGGCUUGACUCGUCGCCCACAGCAGCAGCUGCUGCCAGAACCAUAUCGAGGGUUGUGAGCUCCGCUAGCCAAAAGCAAUCCCAGUCCCAAACCCGCACGGAGCAUUUCGAACCCGCCACCAUCCAAGAAAACGAUGAUGAGGACGUAACUGGGGCUGGCGAGGGCAACGAGAGCUCCCAUGCUUCGGCAUCGGGUGACCAAGAAGGCUCGCUCUCUCGCUCACACUCACUGUCGGACCGGCGAGAUGCGGCUGGGAGCAACCUGAGCGGCUCCUUGCGGGUUAAAAAGGGAAAAUACCUGCGCAGCCGCUACGCCAGCCAGAGAUCGUCCACGUCAUCCUUUGCAACAAACGCAGAAUCAAUCGAUGGGAGCGAGAUCACGGCAAUGGGAGCUGCGGACUACGCUCUGCAAUCGGGGGGCGCUGUACCGGCACUCGGGGCGUCAUCGCGGAAUUCAACAAACAUCUUUACUCGAUCUAUCAGUGUCGGCAGUGCAAUUUCUGGUUUCGACGAUGUGACGGAUCCUUUUGUCGGCCAGCUCGAACCCCUACCUGAGAUCAACAGUCCCGUACGGCAGUCCCAUGACGAGGAUCUAGCCAAGACGCCCAAGGCUUCCAAGGAGAACCUCAACACGGCACCGACAGACACAGUCAUUGCCCGACAUGUUAGAAACGUCCAGGUUCCCGAGUCCCUGGCUAAGAAGUAUCAGGUCCGGGGCGGACUUGAGACACCUCGCCAAACGUCAUCCAAUGUGAUCAGCAGCCUGGGAUUGUCGACUGUGGGCACCGGCAGGAAUGGGAAGAGCUUGACUCUCAAGGAGCAAAGCAGCACAAUCGAGAGGCUUUCCAAGGAGAAUUUCGACCUGAAGCUCAAAGUCAUGUUUUUGAGCGACCGACUUGACAAACUCUCCGAGGAGGGUAUCAAGGAAAUGAUUUCUGAGAACGUCGACCUGAAAACCAACCUUGCGAUUCUACAGCGAGACAACAAAGUACUGAGGAAGCGAGUAAAAGAGCUUGAGAAGCAGAUGAAAGAUGAGGACGAGCGACCAAGCACAGCACGCAGCGGAACUUCCUCCACGGACCAGACGGCGAAGAUGUACGAUGAGGAUGCACAGGAGCGAGAGGAGGAACUGUUUUUCCUCCGAGAGCGUGUUGAAGAAUACGCGACCGAGAUCGAGAGACUCCGAAACGAGAACAUGGCGAGCGAUUACGAGAAGAGGAAGCUCACAGAAGUCGUCAGGACCCUCGGGGAGGACAGAGGCGAAGGCCUUGGCAGGCAGGAAGAAGCAGACGUUUGGAAGGACUUGCUUGAGCAAGAAACAGCAAGACGAGAACAAGCCGAUGACGAUAACCGCCGAUUGCGAGAUGAGCUUUUCCGACUCAAGCAAGAGAUAUCUGGCAAUGGAGUCUUGCACCACACGACUAACAUCUACAACAUCACGAAGAAACACCGCGAACAAAAUGGGUCUCUUAGCCGCCCCAUGUCGAGACACUCCGCAGACACGAUGGAAAUGGGAUCCGCCGCUAAUCUAAGUGCGGGCACAACACUCGUGGAUGAGUUACGGAAGGAGGCCGACCAGUUGCGUCAUGAAAAUGCAGAGCUCAGACGUGAAGUUGGGGCGCAAACAUCAAUGUUGACUUCUAGGAACAGAGAAAAGGAGCGCUUGUACCAAGAGAUUGAGGAUUUGAAGAUGGCACAGCGUCAUGGUCGACCGGCACCCUCUACUGUCGACAGCCUGCUGGAUCGCUCUGCAUCCCGCAUCCGAGGUCAUGAACGAUCUCAUUCAAGAAGUAGCGCCGCCCGGACGCUCAUGACAACGGAUGAAGAAGUGGAACGAGAGCGCGAUGAGCUGGAGACCAAGCUGAACGAGGCACGUGACAAGUUGAGCGAGGUCAAGCUCCAAAACCAGGAACUACAGCGCGAGCUUGAGACGUGCAUGGAAGAUUUCGAGGCUGCCGUCUUGGGGAAGCGAGAGGCCGAGGAUACUCUCGGAGCUUUGCAGGAGGAGCUUGAAAAUGCCAUGAAUGACUUGGUCGCCCUCCAGUCGGAGCGAGAUGAUGCACUUCGUGAGCAAGCUGAGAUGGAGAACGAAUUCGAGGCAUUGCGGAUGGAGGCCCAGGAAGAGAUCGACACGCUAGAGGCGGAAGCAGAUCAGCGAAACGAGGAGCUGCAACGCGUCCAGAUCGAUUUGGCAGAUCGCUCAGAGAAUUUCGAAGCCUUGCAGGAAGAGAUGCGAAAGAUGAGCGAUGCCCUGGUCGGGUUAGAGGACGAGCAAGAGAACAAGCUACGGCGUAUCCAGCAACUCGAGCAGGAGCUUGAAUCCGGAAAUAAAGAGCUCGAGGAACUUGAGGCGAAGCUUUUGGAGUCCAACGAGAAGAAUCAGCGGCUCGCAGUACAGCAAGAAUCCUCGCAGGCAGAAAUUGCCUUCCUACGGGAGGAACAGGAAGGCGACAAGAUCCGAAUUGGCGACUUGGAAGCGGCGGUUGCCAACCUGGAACAGAGUAUCCGCGACGAAAAGGAACGUGCCAGAGAGCUCGAUGGCCGUCUCGUGGAAGAGCGACGACAGAGCGAAAUUGUUGCCAAUAAGGAGAAGGAGGAUGUGCAACAAAUCAUUAACCAACUGAACAUGGAGACUUCACAGGCCAAGGACGAAUCGAGACGGUUGCGUAAGAGCCUGUCGUCACGCGAGGUUGAGGCUACGGAGUGGAAGGAGAGAUUGAUCGAGCUGGAGAAUAAUUUACGAGAGGCUCUGGGUGAUCUCAACGGUACUCGCUCCUCACUUCUCAAGUCUAUUGCUAAGAUGCAACGUGAAUUGGAGAAUACGGUCCGCGAAUUGGACACAGCUAAGGCAGAUGUGAAUGAGAAGGACCGCAUCAUCAAGCAGCGGGAUUCUCUACUCGAGUCACAUGCUCUGGAGAGCCGCAAACUUUCGGAACUGCUCGAGAAGGAGCGGAUCAGCCAUCGAAACACCAAGGCGCACUUCGAUACGUACCAGAAGACCAACCAGCAUCUAUCCCGGACUGCUGGUGCGCAAGACGAUCGCAUUGCUGAGCUUGAAACAACACGCAGCACAGAUCGGCGGAAGAUUGCGGUUCUUGAGCAGCAGAUGCGGGCUCAGCUCGCAGAGAGGAAUCAGCUGCUACUCACCUUGUGGCAAAGACUGAGCGCACUGUGCGGACGGGAGUGGUCCAACAGCAACACGCUCAUCGAUAGGCAGGUGUUACCAUCUCUCGAGGUGAUUGGCAACCGACUACCCGGGUUCUCCAAGAACCUGCUCGCCGCAGUGAAGGCGAUUGAGACGAUUGUUGGGUCAUUCCAGACCAAGAUCAAGGCUGUGGAAAGGGACCUGACGCGCGAGUACCAAUCGCUCGAGGAUACAUUGGACAUCCGAACUAAGAAGUUGGACCGACUGGAGACGAUGGUGCGCAACACGGUAGCGACGGUCAGCAACAGUACCGAUGUCAAUGUCAGGAUGAUUCGGCUCGAGGACAGAUGCCGUCAGCUCAAGGUGGAGAACGCGACGCUCAAGGCAGCCGCCGAUGUUCGUUCCCGCGCAGCGUAUUCGGCUGUGGGAACCAAUCCCGAGGCGCUGAUUCCUACUGGGGACGAGGUCGGGUCCCCCUCACCAAGGAUCCCUCGCGGACCACUGGACAGGGAUCGAUACUCUUCGAGUGGGAUGCUGCGGCCCGGGACGGGCGUUGACUCUCGGUCUCAGACGGCAACAAGUGGAACUGAGCUAGCGCUAGCAAGCGAGGGCAGCGGCGGUGGGAACAACAACGACAACCGAUGGCUGUACCGGCUACGCGACAUGGAAGACAAACUUAAGAUGGAACGAGAAGCGCGUAACCAGGACCGGAGAGCAGCGAGGCAGCGUCUCGGAGGCCUAGAGUCAGAGAACAAGGAGUUACGGGAGCGCAUGCGGCGGAACAUGGCUGACGAGUGA